UUUUAAAAAGCACGCUCCACCAUUGUCGGAGCGAAGAGGAGGCGAAGACAACAGAAUUUCCUCACGAAAAGAAUGGAGAAGACGCUGAUGAUCCGACCGUUGAUUUCAGUGAUCAUCGCAUCUACGAUCACGAUGAGAGCAUUCGUUCACAAGUCCCUCGAUCUAUCAGGAGCCCUCGUCGGCUUCCUAGUCAUGUCUGUACACAUCGCAGCCAGUUACAGGUUCGGAGCUCUGCUGCUGGUGUUCUUCAUUACUUCUUCGAAGCUUACCAAGGUUGGCGAAGACAAGAAGCGCAGCAUCGAUGCCGAUUUCAAAGAGGGAGGACAGCGCAAUUGGCUACAAGUUCUGGCUAAUAGCGGAAUUGCGAUGGUUUUGGUAGUGAUCGUUGGACAAUUGACAGGAUGGCAAGACAAGUGCUUGGAUUCAAAAGAAUCGGCACUUGUAACAUCCCUUAUCGGAGGUAUUAUUGGACAGUACGCCUGCUGCAAUGGAGAUACUUGGUCAUCAGAAAUUGGGAUGCUUAGUAACGGGCAGCCUCGACUGAUCACAACCUUCAAGGCGGUUCGGAAGGGUACAAAUGGUGCUGUGACGAUUACAGGUCUUGUAGCAGCUGCAGCUGCAGGUGGUGUCAUUGGGCUGACGUUUGUUCUAUUCGGAUUGUUUACAGCAAAAUGCAAUACCGAUACUGUUGCUUUGAAGCAGUUAGUGGUAAUUCCUCUUGCUGCAAUGGCGGGUUUAUGUGGUAGCUUGAUCGACUCUCUAUUGGGAGCAACGGUGGAAUUUAGUGGAUUCUGCACCGUCCGAAAUAAGGUGGUGGGGAAACCAGGGCCAACGGUGAGGAGGAUAUCAGGGAUGAGCAUCCUCGACAACAAUGGUGUGAACCUCGUAUCGGUGUUGCUAACCACCGUACUCACUUCUAUUGCUUGCUUCUACAUCUUCUGAGCUUGCUCCACACUUUCUUCUUUCUUCUUUAGUUAAGAGCUAGUAAAUUUCAUUAUCUUCUUCCUUCAGCAAAAGCUCUACUUGGGUAGAGAGAGAGAUCAUGUAAUAAUUCUAAACACUCAUCAUACAUAUUGAAAGAAAUUCAGAGUAGAAAUAGCUCAAGUUUCGCAAACAGGGAAACCAUCCAAGCUCUAUUAUUGUGUAGUCUGGCUUAUUUUAUUUUAUUU